AUGACAAUGUCCGAGAAGGAAAUCGAAUCAUCGUCGGAGAUGCCACAGGACAAGAUCAAAGAGGUUGGCGCCACGGUUACAGCAACCGAGUCGCCAUCUUCGCCUGAUUUAGACCCCAUGUUAAACUCAUCGGGUCAUAGGCAGGAGCUUGAUCGCAAUUUUAGUCUGAUGAGUAUGUGCGCUAUUGGAGUUACGGCAGGAAAUACCUGGAUUGCUAUGGGUGGCAGUAUUACAACCGCUAUCUUCAAUGGUGGCCCUCCUGGAGUCAUCUACGAAUAUGUGGUUGUCUCCAUGUUCUACUGGUUUAUCUCUGCUUCCAUAGCUGAGCUAGCUUCUGCGAUUCCAUCUGCUGCUGGAGUGUACCAUUGGGCCACUGCUACUGCAGGUCCAUAUGGCCGCCCGGUCGGUUGGUUUGCGGGAUACUGGAACGCACUGGCCUGGCUUUUCGGUGCAUCGUCUAUAUCGUCCAUUCUCGGAAAUCAGAUUAUGUCUAUGUACCUGAUAUUCCACCCAACUCACAUGCCGCAGGCAUGGCAGGUAGCUCUUCCGAUGAUCUCCAACAUUGGCAUGUUCCUCAUCCUUGCAGGUGUGUUUGUUACCAUUAUAGUAUGCGCCGUUAUGCCCCAUUACAAUGGCAAAGGUUAUGCCACAAACGACUUUGUGUGGAGGGACUGGACCAAUACCACGGGAUAUAAAAGCGACGGCUUGGUAUUCCUAAUCGGAAUGCUCAACGGCGCGUACAGUGUUGGUACCAGUGAUCUGACUUCCCAUAUGGCUGAGGAGAUCCCCAAUGCGAGCAAGAACAUUCCACGCGCAAUCCUCGCCCAGACUGUCACCGGCUUUGUCACUGCAAUCCCAUACAUGAUCGCGCUAUUUUACUCGAUUAACGAUCUUGGGGCUGUGCUGGGAACCUACACCACCUUCCCGUUGGCCGCCAUCUACCACCAAGCUACCGGGACCAGGGCUGGCGCCCUAGGAUUGCUUAUCAUCGCGUUCCUACCUACCUUUAUCACCUGUGUAGGUUGCUACAUCACCGCCGGCCGCGUCCUCUGGACUUUGGCCCGCGAUAACGCCACCCCUUUCUCCAAGUUCAUUGGACGGGUGCAUCCCGUGUACCACAACCCAUUCAACGCUACCGCAGUCUGCGUUCUGGUCGUCACAGUCCUUGGAUGCAUCUACGUCGGAUCGACAACGGCCUUCAACGCCUUUGUCGGAUGUUACGUCCAGCUGUCCACCCUCUCAUACCUCGCUGCCAUCCUGCCGCACCUCCUGCGCGGCCGCACCAGCAUCGUGCCAGGCCCUUUCUUCAUGAGGGGCUGGGUAGGCUUCGUGGUGAACGGGGUCAGUUGUUUGUAUAUCAUGGUUUUCGUUGUGAUCUUCUGCUUCCCCUUCGGGAUGCCCGUGGAUGCCAAGUCGAUGAAUUAUGCGUCGUUGAUGACUGGCGGCGUGACGAUAUUCGUGGUCAUUUGGUAUCUCGUCCGCCGAAAGAGCUACGUUGGGCCACAGAUCCUAGCGAUCCACGACGUCAAGUUGGAUCGAGUAGAGUGA